AUAUUGCUUUGUGUGCACAAUACAUACUGCGUUGACUUGUAAGGCGAAUUUUUUAGUUGGAUGUCUUUAGAUAUAGCAGCUUAUUAAUUUUUAAAUUAUUACGUUGGAAGGAAUGAACAAACGUCUUUGACUUUUAAACAAAAAAUAUGUGAGUAUUGCAGUUGUAUAUAUUAAACUCAAACUGGCCUAAUCAAACUCGUACUGAGACUACACACACUACCGUCUACGACUACACUACACUGCUUUGGCUGUGGCCUUGGCCCUACUCUUCUUGUCUUAGCAGUUACAGUUUUGAGUUACAGUGUAUAGGUAUUUGGAUAACAUUAAAUGAAUUAAGAAAUGAACACAUUUAAUAUAGCCCAUGUUUAAUUAAGUAAAAAUUAAUAUGUUAGUUUAGUUACUUGGGAGUUGGGUAAAGCAAGGGAGAUUACUGAAAAAUUUGAAUGGGGAAAUGGGUUUCAGUUCAAGUGGAGGAGUUUUUAAUUUCUGGAUGUCUGUGCUUUUGCAUUAAUAAAUGGACUAUUUAGUCAUAAAAUUGUGGUAUCCUUAGUUCCACUAAUAGGUGACAUCCUGACCUACAUUCCAACUUAUUGUAGAUACUUCGAUGAAUCAAAGGAGACUACUACUUAUUGUGUAUCGGAAAUGGGCGUCGGCGCCUAAAAAUCAGAGUUUUUAAUUUUCCGAUGUGUGUGUCUAUUUAUUAUUAAAUUAGUUCUUUCGAAAUAUAUUUGAGUUCCGUUUCCGGCCUUAUAAUUUGGAAGACAUCUUGGCCUACAUUUCCAUCCAGCUAUUUUGCUUUUUCAAUUGACCUUUAUUUUGAAAAUCUUUGGUAUAUAUAUAAGGCAUCUUCGCAUACAAAAUUUUUUGUGAAAUAAUAAGAUAAGGCCCUUUUUUAUUAAAUCUGUAAAAGCAUUAGAUAUUGAUAUAUAUCUGUGCCAAUUGUCAUUGAUUGAUGUAGGUCGUGUCCCAUGUUUUUUACGCUUGUCCCAGAGACCCAUGGCGGAAGUUUUUAAUAUCAUGUCAAAAUAUUUGAUAACUUGUGUUUCAGAAUGCAUUUUGAAGACAUUUAAACUGGAAUUUUUUAAUUUGAGCUUUAAAAACCCUGUAGAGCCCAUAUCAUAAAUGAUCAGAAUUUUCCGUGUGCAACACGUUGUCAUUGGCAACCAUUCACAGCCACUUGCAUAACGGCUAUAUCAUAGUACUAUAUCAGAGUUUCAUUCAUAAGAGUUUGCCGUGUGCAAAUACUAUUAAACCAUUGGUCAGGGAAAGCUUUAAUUAAUUUUUCAUGUGCCAAAGUUGAAAGUUUAAAAUAAGUCGACCUUAAACAGUACUUUAGUGAUAAGGGAUUCGUUGCCUUAUAUAAACUAUAUAGUCAUUGCGCAUGACACGAUCAGCGGAAUGAGGUCACAGAAUGUGGAGAUGCAGUCCAUGUUAAAAAAGGACAAACCAAGUCGUACUUCAAAAAUUCAUAACUUUAAAACUACAACAGCUAAAAAUAUGAUUUGGUGUUAUAAUUCUGUUUAAAAAAAAAUUAGCUCUAUUCAACUAUGCCAUUGGUUUAUUUUUACAAAAUGUUUAAAUUUUUGACCAAAGUAUCUCUUCUUCUGCUAUAUCUUAACUUAAGGGCCCACAAUAAAUUUAUUGAUCAUUUUGGCUCCUAUGCAUGUAGAUGGGAUUUGCAAUGUUUCUGUUCCUGGUGUUGAUGAGGAAAUUUCACUGAUUCCCAGUGCCACUUUGUGAGGGAAUCAUGCACUGGGGGUUUGAAGGCUUGAGGCAAUAGACACAAAUGUGUCUAGUGUUGUCGCCUCAACCGUUCCUUUUGAAAGAUUGUUCCAGUCCCUGAUUGUCUUGGGCAGGAAUGAGCAGCUCCUAUACUGGCUUCUUGCUGGUAUGAGCCUGAAUUGCCUGUCAUGGCCUCGUCGCUGUCUAUGGGGGAGAGGGACGAGUUUCUGUUUAAUACUGGAACAGUGGACCAGCCCAUUAUUUAUCUUGUACAUCAUGGAGAGCCUGGAUUGUCGUCGUCGUUCCUCCAAUGGUGACCAGCCUAGUGUUUCCAGCAUGCUGCCAACACUAGAGGUAUUCCUGUAGCGGUUUAGGACAAGCGUGCUGCUCGUCGCUGGACCGCCUCCAACUGUCAAUGCUCUUCUGGGUAAAUGGGUCCCAGACUGAAGAUGCAUAAUCUAAAACCGGACGGACAAAGGCUUUAUAUGCUCUUUCUUUCACACAGGAGUUGCCAAUCUUUAAAUUUCGCCUUAAGAACCCUAGGGUCUUGUUUGCUUGGUUACAUACAUUGUUAAUAUGCCCGUCCCAGCGGACCUCUCUUUGAAUGGUAACACCCAUAAACUUUACAGAGGUAACUGACUCAAGUAUAUGGCCGUGCAGAUCGUAUUGGUAGUGUAUGUACUUAUUGUUUUGCCUUUUUUGAUCAACCUUAACCACUUAACCUUAUUUAUAAAUAUAUUAUGGAAAUUCAUUGGUAUAUAUUAUAUUUAUAUAUACUACAUCUUUCGCACUAAUUUUUUUAGAAAUUCAAAUUUAUUGUAUUUUACAUUAGAUCGUGAAAAAUAGGUAUCUCGAAAGUCUCACGAACACAUCGAAAAAUGACGCAAAAACUGUUCUGGCCAGCUUACAAUCGCUUCUAUGGUGACCUUGGAUUUAGGCUUUUACGGCACAGUUUGCUUAUUUUAAUUUAUUUUGUAAUCGAUACAACAUAAAAUUUUUGUGUUUCGGUGACGCGCAUACAACUUUUCCCUCGAGGGGAAUCUCCCAUUUUUUAAAAUGUAACUUUGACCAUUCGAUAAGCUGAAAAUACUUAAAUGCUCAAUUGUUAGCAAUUGCACCACAUUGGAACCUAAAGAAUCCUCUUUAGAAUCUAAAUUGGAUAAGGAAUGACUUUGAAAUAGUCCAUAUUCCAUGUUCCAGUUAAUACUAGCCCUUUCAGAUUGUCAUCACCCUCCCAUCGCCGGAGGGAAAAAAUAAAUUUCUCCAUUUUUUGUAUCUUCAUCGGAAAUGAAAUUACCUCUCGAUAACAAUCAAUAAGAGACUAAGAGAGUUUUAAUAUUCUGUAAUCUUUAAAGAUCUGAAUAAAUCUAAGUAAAUUCUAAUUCUAAAGCUACUAAGUCUAAGUUUUAAGCACUGGUUCACUGGUACUAAUCCAUAACUAAGCCCCUAAGUUUAAUUUUAAAGAACAAGUACUAAUAUACUACUAAUACUAUUCUAAUACUGCACUUACAGUCAGGCCUAAUUUAAAUUAUUUUUACAUUAAUAAGGUAUUUAAUUUUAAUUAGACCAAAUGGUUAAUAUACUGAUAAUUUAUAAUAAUAAUAAAUCUAAAUUAUAAAAUAAAAAAGAAAAACACUUUCUUAAAUAAGUUUCAAUAAAUAAUAAACAAAGACAAAAAUUGAAAAAAUAUUAAUAAGAAAAUUUGUAGAUUUAGGAUUACGAUUUAAUAUGAUUAGAUGUUGUUUCUAGGAUUAUUUCAGAUAUAAGAGAAAAUUUUUAAUUAAUUUAUCUUUUGAAGAACUUGGUAUAAUUCCAUCAGUUGACUAUGAUGGGGCACGUUAAGAUGUAGAUGGCAAACACAAAGUUUAUGAAGGAGAGAUUGUGGGGUUCAACAAGACCAAGAAGUCUGUAGAGCAGUUUAAGUAGAACAUGACAGGCAGAACAUUCCUAUUACCUUUUGAAAUUUAAUCACAUACCGAUACUGGUAUGCUUGUAUUAGACUUAUGGAUGAUUUUUUUAUAGUUUUUACUUAUAAUUUCAUGCAUUUAAUUUUAUUUUAAAAAAUACCUCUACUUCUAACCUUUUAUAAAUAUAAGAAUUGAUUUAAAAUUUAACUGAAGCAUAUACUUAAUUAAAAAUACAAUAAACAUGCUAUUAUUUUGUUUUUUCCUUUAUAAAUUAAAUUUUUUCUAAUUAUUCUGUUAACAUGUUUCUUAACAAACCCUCAAAUAAAAGUACAAAGUCUUGAUAUUAAUGUAAAAGUUUUGUUGUUUAUUGUGUUGUAUAUUGAUAGAGUGUCUCCUGAAAAUCUGAUAGCAUUAUCUUAUUUGUAAAAUAAAAAAAGUUUGGUGCAAAUAAGUCAGAAAUUUUGGAAAGUCGGCCACGGUCACAUGUUUUAGCCGUAAAAUACAAAGAAGGGGGUUUUAAAAAUUCAUAACUUCAUUUCUAUAAAAGAUAGAAAGAUGAAAUUGGUAUUUUUGCAAAGCUUAUAGCUAGCCCUUUCAAAUUGUGUAUCAUUUAUGGCAAUAGGACAAUAAUUAAAAUUUCUGUCAAAGUACCUAUGAAAAGUAUUUUAUAUUGAUCAAUAUUAUUAUUCUAUAUGAAUGUGUGCUAAUUCUCAUUAAUGUAGGUUGUGAUUGUGACCAACUUUCGUAAUGCUUGUCCUCGUAACAUGUAGUAUCAUAAGCUCACUCAUCCUAAUUUCGACAUGGCGUGGGCCACACUCCCUUUUUAAUGGUGGAAGGAAGAUGCCAAUGCUUAAUAUAUAAUUAUUUAAUUAUUAUCACUAUUUAUCUGUUAAUUCAAUAUGAGGUUAAAAAAUCCGGUAGUGUCCAUAUCAUAAAUGAUCAAAAUUUGCUGCGUGCAAAACGUUGUCAUGGGCUACCAUUCAGUCAUUUGCAUGUGCUAUAGUGCUAUAGUAUUAUUCUCAUAGUUUCAUUCAUCAUAAGAGAAGGUAUGUGCCAUGUGGGAACACUAUUAAGGUAUCGGUCAUAGCAAGAUUUAAUUCAUUAGUCAUGUGCAAAAGAUAAAAGUUCAAAAUAAGCAGGGCCUAGUCACAAACCAGUAUUAUGUUUAAAGGACACCUUGCCUUACAGUGCUUUAUAUACACUAUAUAUAUAUAAUGGCAUGGAAGCUAGACUUGGUAAACAAUACAUCCAUGUCGUAUUUAAUGUAAUAAUCAAUAUUACAUAGCUAGAUAAGUUAUAAUUUAUUUAUAAUUGCAUAAUAUUGUUAAAAUUAGAACUUUCAAUCCUUAGCAUUAUCAAAUUUUCGCGUAUAUAAGACGCAUCUUACAAUGCCCCGCACCCAAGGUGCAUCUUAUAUAUGGGUGUGUCUUAUGUAAAAAAAAAUGAAUGUAGAUUAAAAAAUCGUAACAAAAUUUUAUGUAGAUUAAAAAAUUGUCAAAAAUUGGGGUGUGUCUCAUCAAUAUAUACUGGUAACAAGAGACUAUUCCCAUGUUUAUAUAUGCUAACAGCAGACAUUUAUUGGUCUGUGUACGGUACUAAUCCAACUCGCUGAUUCUGAAGACUUGGCCUAGCAGAUCAAUGAAGCCGCCUUUACAUCUGGCAUUUAUUGUUGCUAGAAUCUAGAUACCAGGUACUCAACCCAUCCGCUAUUGGCCCGGCGGCAGAUAAGAAUAAACAAUAAACAGUGCGGUCAUGACCUCAGAAUUUUUUUUGUGUGAUCUAACAUUGGACAAAUUUUCAUUUAUGAUAAAGGAAAGGAAACCCCUGGAGAUAAGUUGCUCAGUGCGGCAGAUGGCAAAGCUGCAUGAAACUUAUGUAAUUUUUGUUUACACAAAUUGUCAAAACCCAUGUCUUAUAUGCACGAAAAUGUGGUGAUGAUUAAUCCUGACAUAAAGGUUGUAUAAAAUUAUCAUUAAAACAAGAAUUAUUGCAUCUUACUUGAUCAGUGGAAUGGGGGUCUCAAAAUGUGGAAGUGCUGUCCAUAGUAAAAAAAUACCAAAUGAACUCGCACUUUAAAAAUUCAUAGCUCAAAAUUGACUGAAGCUAGAAAGUUAUGGUUUCUGUCACUGCACAAUUUCAUUGUAAAUAAUUCUAGAGGCAACGUGGUUCAAAUGGUGACGGAUAUUUUAUUAUCCACAUUCACAACAAGAAAUACAUUUCACAAAAAUCAGAAAACACUUGGAAAUUAUAUCACAUGAAUUUCAUCUACUAACUUCUGAACAAUAUAAUCUUCUUUACUUGAUAUAUUUAUCAACACAAUAUAAAUCUUCGUUACAACAUCAACGGUCUCUCUGAGCAAUCUUCUCAAAACAAAAUCCCAUUCUUCGACUCCCAAUUCUGAUUGGCCAGUUUCUCCUUAAGUCCCAACACUCUAUAUAUAUUAUAUAAGAAAUAUUUACCAUAUUAUUUAUCUCCCAUUAUAUUUACAUUCAUAUCUGUGACAGUUUCAAUUUUUAAUUUGAAAUAUGCUCUAUAUAACUUUAAUAUUUCAAUAAUUAAAAAAAUUAAUUUUAACUGCAAUACCUACCUUUUAUUGUUGAUAACUAGCUUCAUAAUAAAUUCUGUGUAAAUUUACACAAUCCGUGCCACUUAUUUCUCACGGCCACCCUCUUGGUUUCCAUGACCUGUGACAGGUUGUGGGAACCAAGGUGGCGGCAGUGUAAAAAACACAUUUUUGCUAAAAUGGGGAAGGGAAAGGAAGCUAUUUACCGCAAGAAACAAAAAUAGAAACAAAACAUUAAAAUUUAAUGAAAUAAUUUCAGCUUAUAUAUAAAUUUUCAUGGCGAACAAAGCUAUUUUAUUGUAUCCUUCUAGAUAUUCGGCAAGAAGUCUCAACAAGUUAUUACAUUAAUAUUCAGUCCACAGUAUGUUUAACGUGCAUGUGACAUAUAUUUUGUUGGGCUACGCCGGUGCUUCUAAAAUUUUCUUUUCCCGGGGCCUAAGCCAAAUUCAGGUUUUCACAAGGCUCCCUGUGUUAAAUUCUAACAAGUACACUUCAAAAUAGCCAAUAUAUAAACAAAUUAAAAUAAAGGGUUGGGUAAAAAUAAAUACAACACAUAGAUAUCUCAAUAAUAUUCUCAAAGAAAAAACAUUUUCUGGCACAAUAAUCCAAGAUUUACUAUAUUGGAUUACUAAAGUACUAUCAUAAUAACUGGUACUUGCCUCAAGCAAAUGUAUAGAACCUAUUUUAAUCCCUAUCAACUGCCAAAGUUGAUUCUAACGAUACAUGUUGAUUAGUGAAAUAAGAUUUUAAAAUUUGAAUUAAACUGUACACUUUGUAAGCAUUCACUAAAAAAGAUGUUUGGGGAGAGUGAUUUUCCAUUUCCUAAACACAGAAGAGUUACUGCCUUAAACUUACUGAAAGAACAGCAAUGAUUCAUGUCUGACUACAAGCUAUUCAACAUCCCCUAUCUCCUGAAGAUCCUCAAAGAUUAGCCUUAACAUCAUACAUUUGAAAUGGAUUACAGCUGUCACCUCUAUCAAUCAUGCAUGGAUUUAGUACUGACCAUCAGACAAACGUGGCACAAGAAACAGACUUGCACACCGGUAUAUGACCUAAAUGUUUUUAGGGAACGUUACAUAACCUGGAUCCAGCAUCUGUUGCUCACUUUCAUUUGAGUUCAACAGCAAGAACUCUUAAGCAGCAACUAAAGCCAGACCAAACAAGACUUUCACUCCAUGAUGGGACUCUUGAACCACUCUUGGAGAAGUAGAGAGGAAGCUACAUCAAUAGACUCUUGCUACAAAUAGAAGACAUCUUUUUUCAUGCUUCUAGUCAGAAAUUGUCUAAAUCAGAGGUGGGCAAACUACAGCCCGCGGGCCACAUGCAGCCCGGUAACUGAUGUUAUGCGGUCCCCGAGGGCAUUUAGAAAAUAAUAAAAUUACUUGGUUUUUAAGUUAUCUUGUUGAAUAAUACUUAAUACAGAAUUUCAUGUACUAUUUUUAUUGUUUGAACAUUUAAAAAAAAAUUUCUUUCCCAUUUUCUAUUUUUGUUAGCAGUUCUUGACCUUCGUAAUGUAAUGCUUGUAUGGCAAAAUAUAUAUGCGGCCCUCCAAUAGCUUUUCAUUUGUCAAUGUGGCCCUACGCACACAAAGUUGCCCACUCCUGGUCUAAAUAAAUCAUUCUCCUAUUUUCAAAUACAGCAUUAUGCCUGAAACCUAACUUAUUUAUUCUUUGAAAAAGCUUAGGCCUAUUACUAUAGGUCAUUUAUAGACCUGGCUUUUGUUGGCACAAUGAUUGUUCCAUUGGGCUAUUGAUCUCCCUACAAAUAGUUAAAGUAAAAUUUCUUUUGAAAUAAAAUUAAUCUAGUUCAUUAUUUAUAGAUAAUUUUAAUUAUUUCAGAUCUGGUUUUGAAGCUAAAUUUACUCAUCAUGUCAAGAAAUGCUCCAAUGAGGGACUGGAGUUUAGAUUGCAAGGUCUAUGUAGGCGACCUUGGCUAUGGCUGUGCUAAACAGGAACUGGAAGAGAAAUUUUCUAAGUAUGGCCAGUUGCGAAAUGUUUGGGUAGCCCGAAAGCCUCCUGGCUUUGCAUUCGUGGAAUUUGAAGAUAGCAGAGAUGCUGAAGAUGCUGUUAGAGCUUUGGAUGGCUCGUAAGUUCUUUUAUAACAUCUAUUCUUUGGUUUUUUAUAAUUUUACUUUAGCAGUUUAAAUAGUUUACAUAUUUUUAAUAAUUGUAAAGCGCUUAGAGCUGUAACGUAAGCGCUAUACAAAAAUUAAAUAAAUAAAUAAAUAACAUAAUUUUUAACUUGCAACCCUCCAUUUUAAAUAAUUAGCAAGAGGAAAUAUUUUGCUUAUGGCAUUGUGCUUAUAUAAAAUACCAAUUUAAAAAUGUUACACUCUGAUAUAUCAGUGAAAAAACAACUUGUGUCAUUCAGAAGCCGUAAAGAGGGGACAGAAUGAAAAAUCUAAUUACAUGUAUUUAAAUAAUAUCUACUUAAUUUCAGAAAAAUUAAUGGAAGACGAGUACGUGUUGAAAUGUCAUCUGGUCGUUCUAGAUGGGGUAACAGAGGAGGCCCCCCUAGAGGUGGAAACAGACAGCAAAAUGAUAGCUACCGUGGAGGAAGUGGUGGAGGAGGAGGAGGUGGUGGCAAAAGAUCUAGGUAUGUAUGUUUAUGGUAUAAUAGCAUGAGCACUCAAGUGUUUUUUGUGUCUUUUUUUAAAUGUGGCUUUUACAGUUGUAAAAUAUAAGUGCCAAACCAAACAUUUUUUGUUACGCUUUUGACACCCAUUGUGCACGCUCUAGUUAAACGAGAAUGUUAGUCAACUUUUUCUCUAAUAAAAACAAAUCAGAUGUAAUCAAAGGUCAUGGGUCUUUGGCAUUCAAGUUAUUUCAAUUUUAUGUUGAGUUUUCCUUGCAUUUUUACUACUCUUAACCUUUGUUUUUCAGCAUUGUUCAUUUUACUUGUAUACAAGUUUAAUAAGAUGUUUUAGAAUAGUUUGUUAAAUACUAUUCCCAAAUGGAAAUAAGUAUGAUAAGUUUGUUAAUGUUUUUUUUAAUUCGAACUGCAGUUUAUCACAUAUUUGAUUGGGCUUAUAGAAACACAUUUUACAAAUUUUUUAAGUUAGUAUUUUUUUAAAAUGCAAAAUUACAUAGGCUUAAGAUAUCUUUUUAUAAAAAAGUUAUUAUUGUCUGAAUGUAAAUUGGUGUUUCUGUUUAUUUUUGUCUUGUCAUAUGUUUAUCUUUUAUACUUGUGUAAUGAUUUUGUUUCUUCUCUGGCCAAAAUGUUUCAGGACCACCAUCAUCAUCAUCAGCUGGGCACACCAUCGCCAGCCAACCUAGCUUCAACCUCACUACAACCACUAGCACAACCUCCUUCACUACUACUACUACCACCACCUACUUCAUCAACUCAACCAACUCUUCUGCCAGUGGUUGGCCCUUCUCCAACUUCAGCUAACUCCGUAGCUGCUGUCUGCGCCCCCAACUAAGCAAUAAAUGCCAUGGCUUUUGCUCCGGCGGUCAGCAACGUAUAUCGCCGCAUCCACAUUUCAAAAGGAAUCUGCCAGUAUUGCAAAAUACAUAGGCUUUUCUUGUAUGCCCGUCAAACACAGCUGUAAUAUUUUUUUCAAUAUAGGUUCUUUUUAAAAAAACUGAGGAUUGAUUUUUAAAUUUUUUGGCUUUUAAUUUUGAAAACAUUUAAUUGAAAAUAUAACGGUUCCAUUCAGGUCAAAUUUUUUAUUCUUGGUUUUAAUACUUUUUCCCCCCUAAAAUUAAUUUUAAUGUCUUAUUUAUAAAAGAAAAGGAAUUUUAUUUUCAUUUUUUUUUUUUAAUAUUUAAAAACUGGCAUAUUAUAUAAGUAGUUUUAGACCUGAUCAGGGUCUCCUGAAAGUACCAACUAGCUACCGCAACUACCACCAUCUUCAUCUUCAUUUUAAUCAACCAACAACUGAGCCACCUCUGGUUUCUUCGUUGUACAAUGGUAUGAUCACAAUAUUAAGUUUUUAGUUUUUAAUAUUAUUUUAUUCAUUUUUGGCACUGCUACAUCACUUCACAAUAAUGUUUCAUCAUUGCUUUCAUUUGAUAUGAUAUAGAAACCUAAAACUCAUUGCGUUGCUCUUGAGAAUAACAUCUUUUUUUGUACAGCAUUUCACAAGCCUUUAAAGAAAAAAAAACAACCCAAAAAAAUUUAAUUGUUGAAACAAAAAUUCAUGUUUUUAGUAACCUUUAACCAUUUUCCUAACUCCUGUGAGUUGUACUUCCUUACUUGUCAUUAUGUUAAUUGUCCUUAGUUGUUCAGAAAGCAACAUGCAGAUUUUAAAGAGCAGGACUACAGAGCUGCUGACAACUAUGUUUUCAAGAAUCAUAGUGGUUUAUUGGUCUUGUGUGAUUUACAGUCAUUUAUAUAAAAAAAAAAUAUUUAAAAAAAAAAAACGCCAGCCACUGUAUGUGCUUACUACCCCUUUGUAUUGUUCAGUCUCAUCAUUAAAUGCUAGUUUAGUGCUUUAUUACUAUAUGCUGGUCUUAAAUUAUCACCUCGUUGCAUUUUCAUUAUUAGAAAUGCUCUAUUCCACAUAAUUUAGUUUAUCAGUAAAAACAAGUUGAAAAGUGUUCAUACCUUCUAAAAAUAUUUAGUUGGGGAGGGGGGGCCUUUGGAAUGUGUUUGCAAGGAGGAUCAGUAGUUUUUGCCUUUUAUUUUAAAAAAUGUAUAAAUUGUAUUGUUUUUCCAUAGAUCCUUCUCACCUCGCAGACGAUCUCGCAGUAGAAGUGCAUCUGGAUCCCCCAGAAGAAGAAGCCGAAGCAGGUAAAUUGAUCUUUGUCGCUUAAUUAAAUACCGAUACUGUAAAAUUACAGUUUAUACCUGAUGCAUCUAUCAGAAAUGGUCGCUGUAAAAAAAAAGAUUUUUUGGGAAAAUGCAGCUUUUAAAAAUUUGGCUUCCCUAUGUCAUGUAAAAAUAUAUUUUUUAAAUAGCUUUAGUGGGAAGAACAUUUUUCGUCUCACAGCCUAACUGAACUUUUUAAAAGUUCCUUUUACAGUUAUACGGUUUAGGUGUCCUGUACAAUUUGGAAAACCUUACUUAUGCUCAGUCACAGAAAUGAUGUAUAUUAGUAUUAGCACAAUGAACACAUUUUAAUCAUGUAGCAUAUUUUUAGAUUGUUAUAUUACAUUAACAAAAAAGUUUUCUUUUCUUUGCAGGAGCUAACACGUCAUAUUUUAAUCUUUUUGUAUCUUUGAAAUGUCUAUAUUUUUUUUUUACAUUAUCAUCCAAAAUGUGUUGGUGUGCACCUGCAACUUGAUUAAUUAACUUAAUGGAAACUUUGUUUUGUAAUUUGAAUGAAAUGAAGCAAAACAAACUAUGAUAAUAAAUAGAUGUAAUAUUUAAUUCAGUUUAAAGUAAAAGUUCCAAAUUUUUAUUGCCGGUAGUUUUUCUUAAGUUUGAACAGUAAUUGAUCAUAUUCAGUUAUAAUAUUAUUCUAAAUAGUGUUAAUGUUAUGUCAUUUUUAAAAAAGUUAGCAAAAACAUUUAUAAUACAACACAAUAUACAGGUAAUUUUUAUGUUUAAGGAAGAAGUUUUUUUUUAAAUAUGGACAAUUUUUUUUUUUUAAUUCUCACAAAUAAAAUACCUAUGAAUUAUUACAGAAUUACUAAAUUAUGUAUUUUCAAAUUUUUUAACUUUAAAAAAAAAGGUAAAAUCUCUUAUAAGUAAAUAUCUGUUUUUUUAUUCUUGUAAAAGCCAUUUAUUUUUCAUGAGCUGCUCAUUGUUUAAUAUUAUCCCAAUGUAUUUUUAAAUUACUUUUCCUCAUUUGUUAGCACAAUACAUUUCCAUCUCUCUUUGAUGCAACAAAGCAAAGAUAUCAUAGUUCUUGUGUAUGAAAAUUAAUAGAAUUAGCCUGAAAUUCAGUAAUUAGAUUGAUAUAACAUAGAAGCAUAAUUUUACUGCUAAGUAGCAUCCAUGUCCUCACAUUUAUAUAUAUAUAGAGAGAGAAAUAAAUAAAUAACUUUAUCUUUUAUAUAUGUGAAGAAACAGUGCUUCAUUAGAUUUGGGAUGUUUGUUGGAUGAAAGCAUCAAGAAUCAUAUCUUUUCAGUUGUUAAUUAAAUUGUUAACUUUAAAAUCAUAGUCAUAGAUAUAAUUUAUUAUCUCCAUGCUACAAUAAUUAAAAUUAUGUUUCUGUGUUGACUUGAGUAAAUUUAUACUAUAGUAUUUAUAUUGGUAGUUGAACAAUGAGUUGGUUUAAGUCAUUGCUGGCUUCAUUGUGUUACGGUACUUUAAUGUCUUCAUUUCCCAAUGAUUUAAGACAUUUUAAAAUUAGCUUCUUUUGUUCUUUAAAAAAAUGUGACUUAUAUAUAGAGUUGAUGGUGGGAUCUAUCCAUUUCAUUAUGAGCUCAUCUGUCAGAAAGGUUACAAUGCUUGUAAAGAAUGUAAAAAAUGUGCAUUGAUAGCAUUAGUAUGCUUACUUUUUGAAAAUAACUCUUGAAUGAGAACAUUUCAUAUUUGAGGGCAUUUAUCGGUUUGUACAUAUUUGUUUUAUAAAUUAAGUCCUGCCUAUUGAUUUCAAUAUAUUUGUUAUAUAUUGUAUGAUUUUUAUUUCUUUGAAAUAAAACCAUGCACUAAUCCAUACAUCUGAUACAUAACAAAAAAAUGCUCACAAAAACAAUGGCAUCAUGUCAAAAUGUGUAGUCAAAUUUAUAAUUAAAACAGAUAUUGGCUGCAACCCGAGCUUGGUGAAAUUAACAAAAAAUGUCUUGAGGAAAUGAACAUAAAAGCAAUCAAUGUUUGCUGUCUAAGAAAGUCAUCUAGCAGUUAAUUUAUCAUCUUUGAUCUUUUACGUGCAUUGUUUAUCCUUUUGCAAUGCAGUCACUAGCUAAUAAAAUGAUCCCAUUUUAAUAAUAUGACCAUUUUCUUGAGAAGCUUCUAAGUAAGUAUAAAAUUAAUUAAAAAUGAAUGCGUAAAUGGUCUCCACCAUUAAAUAUUUUUUGGGUUGCUAGCACUUUCACCAAUGUUUGUCUAUCUCUGUUUGGAUGUAAAGUUUUUUAAAAUUAAGUUUUUGUUCCCAUUUUAAUAAAAUGUUUAGAUAUGUUAUUGUUGAUUACUUAGAUAAUUAUUUUUAAUUUAAAUAAACUAAACAAAAGCUAUGAAGAAAUGCCGUGCAUUUUAAAAAAAAACAAAAAAAACUUUUAAUGUAAUUUUAAAAUAUAUUUGUUGUGAAAUCAAAAUAAAUUGUUCAAAAUCCCAAACACUGACUCAUUGUUUUGUAGUAUGUUCAAGAACAAGCAGACUGGCAAAAAAAAACUACACAUUUAUCACAGAUAAUUUUGUAUCAUAUAUAUUAGAACUCAAAACUAAAUAAAAAAUCUGUAAAAUGUACAUGGUUAUUCAACUUGAAAUGUGGAUCAAGUUGAUGAAAAGCAAUAGGAGGUUUUAGAAACUAUCUUGAAUUUUUUUUUAUUGUAAAUAAAGACUUAAGCAGUAAUUCUUAUGUGUAACAUCCAUCACACUAGAAUCACAGGCCUGCACAACU